UACGCGCCGUGGAUUAACAGUACAAUUGAGCGUCUGAACCGCGAUGUACUGCAAGUUGUUCGCGUCCUGCUUAUGAAGUACAAGCUGGGCACUCGUGAGUGGGUCUACGUACUCCCUCUUGUUCAAGGCAACCUGAACCACACGCCCGUGCAGUCGUUAGACGAUAAGUCGCCGAGCGAGCUCUCUACUGGGCUGUCAAGACCAACGCCGUUUGAACCAAUCCUUCUAGAGCGUGGCAAGAAGAACAUGGCGCGCUCCAAGGGCGUUGAGUGCAAGUUCAGCGUAGGAGAUUUCGUCCUUUGGUCGCGAAUCCACUCUCGCUCAUCUGUGGACAAGCUUCUCGCCCGAUGGGCCGGUCCGUUC